UUGGCCAGUUGGAGUCCCGGGCGCUCUGGCGCGAGGCUGGCGGGAACUCCACUUCUCUUCUCGCGAGACUUCCCGGGCUGGGGGCGGGACUCAGGGGAGCGUCGGCGCCGCGGGACCAUGGAGCGGAGGGCCGGGGCCGGGCAGCGCCUGGAUCCCCCGGCUGCCUUCGGCGCCCCCGCGCCUGCUGGUCCCCGGGGGCUGAUGCCCCCCUCGCACUUCCGGCCCCGCACGGCAGCGCCCCGGGACGCAGGCCCGUCCGGCUGGAGGCCACCAGAGCUGAGCUGGGAGCCCCCGGGGUGGGCGGAGGAGGCGUCCCGGGGCUGCAGGGCCGCGGCGAUGGACCAGCCCGGCGCCCGGACCAGGUCGCUGGACCGGGAGGCCGAGCCCCUGGGCCCCGGCCCGGCCUUGGCCACGUCCCAGGAGGCCGAGAUCAUCUCCCGCCAGCUCCACAAGAUCCGGCGGCUGGAGGCGGAGCUGGCCGGGACGCGCGCCACCGCCCUCCAGCAGGAGGCGACAGGGGCCCCCCGCGCCAGCACCGCCGCCCGCCUGCAGGCAGAGGCUGAUGCCCUCGGGACGGAGCCGGGGGCCCUCCGGGUCCAGAGCCAAGUGGAAGCCGACGCCCUGAGGGCGGAGCUGGAGACUCUCCGGGGGCGGAGCCGAGCAGAGGUGGAUGCCCUCAGGGCGGAGCUAGCGGGGGCCACGGAGCGGCAGGAGCAGGAGGCGGCAGCCGCGCAGGGGGAGCUGCGGGCGGCGCUGCAGGAGCAAGAGGCUGAGACCCAGCAAAUGAGGGAGCGCCUGCAGGGGGCGCUGGACCAGCACCGGGUGGAGCUGUGCCAGCUGUCCGCAGCCCACGGGGCAGAGCGGGACGCCCUGACGCAGCAAGUCCGCGAGCUGCGGGAGGAGCUGGAGGCCCGGGGACAGGAGGCCGCCCGUCUGGAGCAGCAGCGAGACGCGCUCCAGGAGCAGCUGGGUGUGGCCAAGGCUGAGCUGGCCUCCCAGAAUGCUUUGCUGCAGCAGCUGCGAGCCGACCUGUGCGAGCAGAACAGCCCCCCUCAGGAGUGCCUGCAGCAGGCGGAGGCAGAACGGGAUGCUCUGAGGACCGUGGUGGAGCUGCUGCAGGUCCGACUGGCUGCGCUGGGCGACAUCCUUGCCCUGCAGGAGGCAGAGCUGACGCGGAAGCCCUGGGACCCCCUGCAGCCUGAGGGGGCCAUGAAGGCCCAGGCCCUGCUGAGCCGCUGGCGGGAAAAAGUUUUCGCCCUCAUGGUGCAGCUCAAGACCCAGGAGCUGGGCCAAGCCGAAGCCACUGGCCUGCUCCGCAGGAAGGUGUUGGAGCUGGAGGGUGAGGUGGUGCGACGGGACCAGCAGGUCGCGCUGCUCUUGCACAGUUUGCAGGAGAAGACAGCUGAGGCCGACAUGGAGAGAGUGAAGAGCAAGACGCUCCAGGCUGACCUGUCCCACAGCAAGGACUCAGGGCAGCGCCAGCAGCUCCGGGCAGAAGCGGCUGAAGGCGCCUUGCGGGGCCUGGUGGAAGCUGUGAGGAGUCUGCAGCAGCAGGUUGGGCAGCAGGAGGGGGAGCUGCGGGCGGCCGUCUCGCGCCUAGCUGGUCUGGGUGCUCGUGUUGGCUUCGCUGCCAGGAGAGUAGACGCCAUCCAAGGGCUCGUCUCCCAGAAAGUGGCCUUGGCUCGACUGCAGCGGGAAGAGCCACUCAGGGCUGCCAGCCCAGAGCCAGAUAUCCCCUUCCAGGAGGCUCUGCAGGUGGAGCUGGCCCAGCUGCACCAGGAGCGGGACCACUUGGCUGCUGAGCUGAAGCGCGGGGCCCAGGCUGUAGAGAGAAAGAUGGCUGAGGCCCGGGAAAAAGCGGGGCGCGAACUCCAGGAGGUGGCCGACAGCCUGCGGCAAGUGCUGGAGCGGAAGGAGGCGGUGGAGCAGGAGUGCCAGGAGCUGCAGGGGUGGCUGGAGACGGCGCGCCAGGAGCUGCACAACAGCCAGGAGGCGGCAAAGGGACUGAAGCAGCAGUUGGCGCAGCUGCAGGGGGAACACAAGCGAGUCUUGCAGGAGAAGGUGGCCCAGGUGGAGACGCAGCUCCGUGGGGACCUUGCUGAGGCUGAGAAGCAGCUCAGUGAGGCGCGACGGGAACACACAAAGACAGUUGUGGCCCUGCGCCAGGCUGAGCGCCAGGCUGCUCGGGACAAGGCCCGGAGCCAGGAGUUGGCGCGGCUCCACGACGAAGCCCAGAAGGAAGAAAUAACUCGGCUGGGCACUCGCCUGCGGGAGCUGGAGAGGGACAGAAACCUGCUGAUGGCCACCCUGCGGCAGGAGGGGCUCCUGGCCCAGUUCCAACGUAGCCGAGUGACGGCACGGAAGCUGCCAGGGGAGCAGCAGGGGCCCGGCCUGGACGCAGCACUGGGGUCCUCCGGCUUGCAGCCACCUUCCCAAGCAUCCUUGGCUGCCCUUCUGGAUGACCUGCAGAGCCUGGGCACGGCCCUGCUGCGGGAGGAGGAGGAGGAGGCAGCCACAGCGGUCUUGUAGGUCACGUUUCUGCUGCCCAGUUUCCUACAGUUGCAUUCCCCAUGCGAGCUGGGGGGGAGAGCAUGGCUGCAGCCUUCACUACCACAGAUUGUGCAGUCGAGUUUCCCUGCCCGUGGAAAAAUCACAGGGAGCAGCUCGCCUAGAGCACACGGGGCCAGCCUCACCCUGAAAGAGUCGCCCAGGUGAUUGUGCUGUCUCCCCUGUCAGGUAAGGAUGCCCCUAGCUGGCCCCACCGAUGCUGUGCUGCACCAUGCUUGGGUGAGGGCAAGCGCAUGGACCCAUUCCUGCCUGCCCCCCCUGCAUGGCGCAGCUCCCACUCCCUGCCCUGUGGCCAGUGGGGCACAGGACAUUGUGAUCAUGAGGCAUGAGUCGGUCUGUUUAGUACUAAAAAGAGCUGUAUAACCCUGAGGGUUGGACCCUGUUUCUCCUGCACUGACCCGUAGGUGGUCAUGCGGCUGCCAGGGCACCUCCUCUGGCAUUUGCAUGGGCUCUGGGUUUUGUCUACAUGUGCAGAGCUGUGCUUGCCCGGGCUUCCCUCCUGAGCUGGCCCACAAGCUCCUCUUUGCUCACCAAGGCUGCUGCCCCGGUGGGCAUGUGUAUGUGGUGCCAGGCACUUCCCUGAAGCUUCAGCUGCAGGAAAUGCAUGGCUAGUGAUGGUUUGGGGGCAGCGGCGGGUCCUCCCAUCUCUUUUAGCCCAAUAGUCUAGCGGUUAGAGCACUUGCUAAGGAGCCAGAACUACCAGACAAUGGACUGGGCAUUGAAAUUCAGUUGCACUGCUGUUCCUAAAACAGGUCUACAUGUGCCAUGGCUGUGAUGUGGGUGUGCAGGACUGGGACAUGUGGAGAGCUGGUGUGAGUGUAAUGCACCCAGAGGGCAGGUGCAGUGACUGUUCCUGCAGCACAGAGGAGCUGCACCUACGUACCCAGGGACAUAGCACACACAGCAGGAGGUGGUGGGGCUGUGGCACAGCUCCUCUCUGCACCAGCUCUUGGAGCGGGCCAGGCAGAGGUGUCAGCUCCAUCCAGACUGAUAUCGCAGCCUGGUACACUCCCCUGUUGUUCCUGCUAGAGCAGGGCACUUUGAUCAGCGUGACGUGUUGAUGCCUGAAUGCCACAGCGGGGCACUGUGCAGUGUAAAGGAAGUCUAUACAGAUGUUGAUAAUGGGGCAGGUUCUAGGGCUAAAUAUUAUUCCUGAAACAGCAGCAGCCAGGGAGGAGUACGUCCAGGGUUUCACCAGCUGUCUGCUGUAUAUCUCGCUCAGGAAAAUCUAACUUCACCUUCCACACUGCUGAGAGCUUACUACAGAUCAUUUGUUUGGAAGUGGAAGUGUAUGUGGUAUACAGAGUGCUGUCUCGCUGCGGUUGCCAGAUGUGAUCUUCUACCCAAGAGGAUUCCAUCUGAGACUUUCAGAAAUAGACUGUGUCCUUCUUUAUUCAUCGAGAGAGAAUACCGCCUCCUCUAAGAAACAGACCAACCUCCGAACUUUUACCUCCAAAAAACACAAGGCUGAGUAUCCUGUGCUGCCUGCAGUGUCCACGUCUUAUUGUUUGAGCCAAUGUCCUUUGAUUUGUUUGUGUUUUAUAAACGUAGCAAAUUUA